CACAUCUCGCGAUAAUUACCCCCUGUGACGCGCCUUGCGUUAACAGCUAGAAGUAAAUGUAGAAGUUAAUGUUAAUAUCUGGAAUAAGUCCUGAGUUGAGGUUAGCAGAAGCUUGUAAUACGGUGGCGGUUCUUUCGCAGCCAUGAGACGAAGUAAGGCGGACGUUGAACGCUACAUUUCUUCAGUGGAAAGCCUCUCUCCUUCUCAAAACCAGAAACCAGCCAAAGGAUUUUUAUUUGCAAAAUUAUAUUUUGAAGCCAAGGAGUAUGAGCUUGCUAAAAGACAUGUAUCAGCAUAUUUAACAGUUCAGGUCCGGGAUCCGAAAGCACAUCGAUUCCUCGGUCAACUUUAUGAACUGGAAGGUGAAAUUGAAAAAUCUGUUGGAUGUUACAAGCGCUCGGUGGAUCUGAACCCAGCCCAGCGUGACCUGGUUCUGAAGGUAGCUGAGCUGUUGUGCGGUAAGCCGGAGCUUGACAGCAGGGCAGAAUUCUGGGUGGAGAAGGCUGCCAAGCUUUUUCCGGGUCACCCUGCAGUCUUCGACCUAAGGGAGAAACUGCUGAAUGUGCAGGGGCAGCAAGGCUGGAACCAGCUUUAUGACCUGCUGCAGUCUGAGCUCCAGCUGCGCCCUUCCGAUGCCCACGUUAACUGCAGAUUGGUGCAGCUCUACUGCAUGGAUGGACAGUUGGAAGAAGCGGCUAAGCACUGCUUGGCUGUGGAAAACACUGGUGUCUUAAGACACAGCCUGGACUGGUACACCACUGUUGUCCAAACACUUCAGGAAUACGUGGCUCAACCAAGUGUGUCUUCUAAUGAGAAGACCUGGCGCAAAUUCCAAAAGGAGCUCUUGCUGGCUCACUGUAAUCUGCUGAGGCUCACACUUUCUGAAAAAGAUUGCAGAGAAGGCGAGAACGCACUUCAGACUUUUGACCAUGCUAUGCAGUCUUUAAAGAGCACUGCCUCAAAAGCCAUGGACGAGCUCCUGGAGGUGUUCACAGAAAUGAGAGCUCAUCUGUAUCUUUAUGCUGGGACGCUGCUGCUGAAGAUGCCUGUGGAAAAGCAACAGCAGUGGAGAGCUGUUGUUGAUUCAGCAGCCCUCUGUUACCUUCUGGCUUAUCAGGUUCCAGGACCAAAGUCUGAGAAAGGUGAACGCGCAUCACCAAAACCUCUCAAGGCAUUAGCUUGUUACCGUCAAAGCCAAGCAGGCCACAUGCUGCUGAAUCUACAACAGGAUGUGAAGGAGGUGGUGGAGGUGUCUGGUAACAGAAUCGGGCAGAAGAAGCUGUUUGAGAUGCUUUUCAGUAAACAAGACCCUGUGGAUCUCUCGUUCAUCAGAAAUGACAACAUCUCCAUCAUCAGCACACAGUCACCGGACAUACACGAGCUUGCUAAGUGGGACAGUGGUUCCAUCUUACACUGUGGGGAUUUACAACACCUGACAUGGCUUGGAUUGCAGUGGUCAAUGAUUGGCCAGAGACCUGCACUGAAAGACUGGCUUAAGCAGCUCUUUCCUCGUCUCACUCUAGAGACAUCCAAAUUGGACACCAACACUCCAGAGUCAAUCUGUCUGCUUGACCUUGAGGUGUUUCUAUGUGGUGUGGUAUUCACAAGUCACACCCAGCUGCAAGAAACAGCAAAGAUUUCUGCUACUUCUCAGCUGCAUGAGCCAAGAUGUUUACCUUUGCAGCUUAUGAAACUCUUGUCCACAGAAAGGCAGAGAGAGUGGUGGGAUGCAGUCUACAACCUCAUUCAUAAAAAAGCAGUACCCAAUACAUCUGCUAAACUACGAAUGAUUGUCCAACAUGGCCUGAACACACUGCGAGCAAGAGUGAAACACGGUCUUCAGCCUACGCUGCUCAUCCACUGGGCCAAACAUCUCAGUAUAAUGGGUGAUGGGGUGAACUCCUACUAUGAUCAGAAAGAAUAUGUUGGCCGUAGUGUGCAUUACUGGCAUGUUGUCCUCCCCUUGCUUGAGAAAAUUGAGAAGAGACGUAGCAUUCCAGAACCUCUCGAUCCAUUAUUCGGGCAUUUCGCUAGCAAGGACCUACAGGUUUCUGAAAUUAAAGGCUAUGAAGAGGAAGCUAUGAUAGCAUUCGCUACUAUUCUUGACAUUGAGGGCAAAACUGAUCAGGCUAUCUUAAAGCUUGAGCAGCUCAACUGCAUCUCUUCCUACUGGCAUCUUGCUCGGAUCUAUCAGAGACUCUCUGAGGAGGCAGGAAAUGGAGUUGAGGAAACUCAAGACAUGUGCUUGAACUUUCUCCAUCAGUUCAAGAAGUACUUAUCAAAGGUCUACCAUGCCAGUGCACAUGACAUGGAAAAGCUUCCUGUGUCAAUGGAGGAAAUUAUGGACUUGCUCAAUGAUGUCAAUCAGCAGCUUGGAGAGAGUGGAGAAGCUGUAGAUGGAGUUCAUGAAGGACUUCGAAUGACUUCAACCCCGCAAUCCUUCACUGGACCAGCUAUGGCUGCUUCUCAUAAAUUCUCAAUGUCGUCUCCAGCCAAAAGUGUACUCUCUCCCUCCAAGAGAUCAGUGUUUUCUCCCAAAACACCCCCUCACUGGGUGGAGGAUCAGAAGUCAAUUUUGCAGAUGCUCUGUCAAAAAGUCGAGGCCUUGAAGAAUGAGGUUCAAGAUCUGAGGUACAAUUCAUCUGGGUCAACUGAGUCCCCAUUUCAAAGAGUAUAUGGAAGGAAUUAUGCAGCAGACGCAUUUCAGGAACCCUUUUCAGCGACGCAAUCGCUCCAUGGAGUGCCACUUACUGUUGCCACUACAGGCCCUUCAGUAUACUACAGCCAAUCCCCUGCAUAUAAUUCACAGCACCUUCUUCGCACUGCUGCUAAUGUAACACCAUCCCAGGCACCUGUCUAUGGAAUGAAUCGUCUCCCUCAGCCGCAUAUGUAUACAUCCCCUCUUCAAACGGGAGUAUCCAGGUACCCUCAAGAUCAGGUUUUUGGUACCCCUUUCAGGUUUGAGUCACCAGCUACAAACGUGCUCUCCCCGUACAGUGAAGAAUAUUACAGUCACAAUGUUUCUCAACCAUCUACCAAUCCAACAUUGCCAGAGCCUGGGUACUUCACUAAGCCAUCUGUAAUACCUGCCCAGUCCUCUAAGAGCAGUGAAGGCAAGUCGGUAGACUUAAAGAUGAGCGUUGGCCAGCAAAAUCCAGUUGAAACAUCUAAGACUGGGGCCAGAUCUGCCUCCCAAAUGACUCCAACAGCAGCUGCUUUCAAGUUCAAUUCAAAUUUCAAAUCUAAUGACGGUGACUUUACUUUCUCAUCUGCAGAGGUGAAAAAUAACAGUGAAAGCCUUUUGGGGCUUCUGACUUCAGAUAAUCCUUCCAGAACCGAGGGCCAUUCAGCCUUAACGUCUCAGUCGCAAGACCCUACACCCAGCCAUAGUGGGGUCUUUACUUUUGCUAAUAAAAAUGCUUUUUCAUUUGUUGAUGGGACACAGGGUAAAACAACUCUUUUUGGAAAAUCUGGAAAAGCAUAUGACUCUGCAAAUGUGACCAAGCCAGUGACUCGGGAGGAAAGUGAUGAGAAAUUUGUCGAAAGUGAUGACAGCACCCAUGUUGAAGAGGAUGAGGAUGGUCCGCAUUUUGAGCCCAUUGUACCUCUGCCCAAUAAGAUUGAUGUAAAAACUGGGGAGGAGGAAGAAGAAGAAAUGUUCUGCAACCGAGCAAAAUUGUUCCGUUUUGAGACAGAAGCGAAAGAAUGGAAAGAAAGAGGUAUUGGAUCUAUUAAAAUCCUAAAGCACAAAACAUCAGGUAAAUAUCGAUUGUUGAUGAGGAGAGAACAAGUUUUAAAAAUAUGUGCAAAUCACUACAUCACUGCAGACAUGGUUCUGAAACCAAAUGCUGGGUCUGAUAAAUCAUGGGUAUGGUAUGCUAUAGACUAUGCUGAUGAAAUGCCAAAGACAGAACAGCUGGCUAUUCGUUUUAAGACUGCAGAUGAAGCAGCUUUAUUCAAACAAAAAUUUGAGGAAGCUCAGAGAGCUAUUCGUAAACAUCCAGAAAUUCAAGAUGAACUGAAGGAAACUGAUUCCAAGCCUUCAAAACCUGAAACUAAACCAGCUGAUGGAUUUAAAAGUACUCUGGCUCCCUCAACAGGAGCCUUUACUUUUGGACUUCAUGGAAGUUCUAAGGAUGCCAGUGAUGCCAGCUUCCAGGAAUUUGGAACCCAAAUCCCUUUUUCCUUUAAAUUUGGAACACAGACAACUGUUACUCCAUCCAGUAAGGGUGAUUCAAAGUCUGAUCAAUGGGAAGCUCCAGCAGAUCGUUCUAUACCUGAGCAAAGGUCAAAUUCCUCUGUCCAAAAAAUCAGUAGCUCAAGUGUUCCAACUUUUUCAUUUGAGUCUGGAUUUGGCUCUCAGUUUGUUAAAAAACCAGGACAGUGGGAUUGUCCCUCAUGUGCAGUGAGGAACGAGGCUUCUGCAACCAAUUGUAUUGCAUGUCAAACCUCAAAUUCUUCAUCCAAAACCACUUCUGCACCAGAAACUACAAAACAGUCUAUGAGUUUGCAAAAUCCAAAUCAAUUGAAGGAAAAUGAUUCCAAGCUUUCUACCUUUGUGGAUUCUAGCAAAAAUAUUGAUCUGAAAACACUUUUUGCUAAGAAGGAAGGUGAAUGGGAUUGUAAUAUCUGUAGUGUAAGAAAUAAAUCCUCAUCUAAAGAAUGUGUUGCUUGUAGCAGCCCCAAUCCUUGUGGUGAUUCAAAACCUGAAUCUAAACUAGCUGAGGGAAUUAAAAGUGCUCCUGCUUCUACUUCCUCAACAGGAACAUUUACUUUUGGACUUGGUGAAAAUUCUAAGGAUGCCAGUAAUGAUGCCAGCUUCAAGGCAUUUGAAUACCAAAUUCCCUUUUCAUUUAAAUUUGGAACACAGCCAUCCAGUCAGGGUGAUGCAAAAUUGCAGCAAAAUUCAAAUUCCUCUAGGCAAAAAGUCAGCAGCUCUUCAAGUGUUCCAUCAAGUUUAUCACGUGGGUCUGGAUUUGGCUCUCAGUUUUUUAAGGAACCAGGACAAUGGGAUUGUUCCACAUGUGCAGUGAGGAAUGAGCCUUCUGCAAGCACUUGUAUUGCAUGUCAAGCUAAACCCACUGCUGCUCCAAAAUCCACCAAACAGUCUGCAAGCUCUGUUAGCUCUGGAUUUGAUAAGUUUGUCAAAAAAGAUGGUCAAUGGGAUUGUGAUACCUGCCUGGUCAGGAAUGAGGCAGCUGAAACAAAAUGCGUUUCUUGUAAUACUCCAUGUAGCAGCAGAAAAAAUGAAGCACAAUGGGAUUGUGAUGAGUGUCUAGUUAGAAAUGAAGGCACAUCUAGUCAUUGUGUGUCCUGCCAGAAACCUAAAGCUGGUACCUUUCCAUUUGGUCAGGGUAGGAAAGAAACCCCACCAAAAACUCAAGUUGAAAUGUCUUCAAGCAGUUCAAAAUUCUCUUUGUCAGUGCCAGGGUUAACCAGAUUUGGUCUUAAGGGCUCUGAAUCAAAACCAGCCAACAGUGGAUCUGCCUCAAUGUGUCUGAAAAACAUUGCUGAACAGCACAGAGAAAAAGAGGUAUCCGCCUCAUCUGUCCAGUCAGUGAGUAAUCCUAGUAAUGAUGACUGUCCGCUGAUUUCAGGAAAGCAGAAUGCAUCCAGUUUUGCAGACUUGGCACAGUCUUCACAAGGUAACUUUCAGUUUGGCCAGAAGGAUCCCAGUUUUAAAGGAUUUCCAGGGACUGGUGAGCAACUUUUUACCUCAUUUCUGCAAAGCCAAAAGCCAGACACCUCUGUUGAUCAAGAAGAGGAAGACCUGUAUAAAACUGAAGAAAAUGAUGAUAUUCAGUUUGACCCUGUGGUUAAGAUGCCUGAGAAAGUUGACCUUGUUACAGGGGAAGAGGAUGAGGAAUGUCUGUACACAAUACGUGCUAAGCUUUUCAGGUUUGAUAAUGAAACUCAUCAGUGGAAAGAACGGGGGGUUGGAAACCUAAAAUUUCUUAAAAAUAAUCAAAAUGGGAGGCUUAGAGUUCUAAUGAGACGAGAGCAAGUGCUGAAGGUGUGUGCUAAUCAUUGGAUCACUACUACAAUGAACUUAAAGCCCCUUUCUGGCUCAGAUCGUGCCUGGGUAUGGUUAGCAAAUGACACUUCAGAUGGUGAUCCCAAGUUAGAACAGUUGGCUGCCAAGUUUAAAACUCCAGAACUUGCAGUAGAAUUUAAGCAAAAGUUUGAGGAGUGUCAACGACUCCUUUUGGAUAUUCCUCUACAGACCCCUCAUAAACUGGCUAAUUCAGACCGAACAGCAAAUCUCAUACAGAAAGCUGAGGAAAUGAAAUCUGGUCUUAAGGACCUCAAAUCAUUCUUGACUUACGACGGAAUGAAAGGCAAGCAUGAGGUAAGCGAUGUUACAAGAGUAAACGAUAUCUCAGCACUCUUUAGCAAACCCCACAGUGAGGGCACUGGACCCACUUUGGAAUGGGAUAAUUCUGAUUUACAAGAAGAUAUUCAUGAUGAAAGUGCUGAUACAUCUGUAUAUGCUUCUCCACUAGCUAGCAGUCCAUUGCAAAAAAAUUUGUUUCGUUUUGGAGAACCAUCUACUAAAUUUAGUUUCAACUUCCAGCCUAUUCUUAGUCCCUCAAAAUCCCCAGCUAAGCUGAAUCAGAGUGGGACAUCUGCCGGAACAGAUGAUGAACAAGAAAUAAAUCAAGAAGAGGAAAGAGAUGGCCAGUACUUUGAACCAGUCGUGCCAAUGCCUGAUGUGGUUGAGCUUUUAAAUGGAGAAGAGAAUGAGCAGAUAGUGUUCAGCCACAGAGCAAAGUUGUAUCGCUAUGAUAAAGACCUCAGCCAGUGGAAAGAAAGAGGUAUAGGAGACAUCAAAAUUUUACAAAACUAUGAUACAAGGCGCACAAGGCUUGUGAUGAGACGUGACCAGGUUCUUAAAUUAUGUGCAAACCACUGGAUAACCUCAGAUAUGAAACUUGAGCCGAUGAAAGGAUCAGAAAAGGCAUGGAUCUGGAGUGCGUUUGACUUUGCUGAAGGAGAAGGAAAGGUUGAACAGUUGGCUGUGCGCUUUAAAUUGCUGGAGACUGCAAAUUCUUUCAAAGAAUUUUUUGAGAAAGCCAAGGAUGCCCAGGAAAAGGAAAUGCUUCUUGUGUCUGCUUCCCCUAGAGAAGUCUUGACCUCCCCCAAAUCCCUGUGUGGUAAAGCUGCUAUUGCGGUGCUUGAGGAGACGACUAAAGAAAAGACUGAACAGCCUUCUGAAAGCACUCAUGCGCCUGCAGUGACUCUCAGUCCGCACAACACCUCUAAAACAGUGGUCUCUCCCCCCAAGUUUGUCUUUGGGACAGACUCUGUGCAGAAAAUUUUUGGAAGUCCAGUAUCCUCUAAACAGAUGGUUUCUAGUCCACCUGCAAGUCCUGAAGAUCAGGCAUCAGGCAGUGCUUCGAGCUCCAAAACUGCUGAAAGCAAGACGAUAACUCCAUUCAAAGUGCCAGAAAGAGGAUUGGAUUUUAGGCUUUUUAAAGAUAACCCUAUGGCUUUUUGGACGUGCACCUCAGCUACCCUGUUUGAACCUCAAGUUUCUUCUAAGACUCAGGAUGACGUAAGGACUGCUGGCGACAGUUGUGACUCUGAUAUUGAAGUUUUGUUUGAACAAAAGCCAACUAAGGAGCAGGCAGAACUCUCCCGAAAGCUGAUGCUGCCGUCAACGUUUUUUAUCUACAAAAAUAAGCCUGGAUAUGUGAGUGAUGGUAGUGAUGAUGAAGAUUAUGAGACUGCUGUAAGAAAUCUGAAGGGAAAACUAUAUCCUGAUUGUGCCACACCUGGCUCUGCUCAAGCCAGUAGAGAUGCAGUGGAACCUGAGUGUGUGCUUGUCUGGGAGAAGAAACCAACAUUGGAGGAGGAGAGAAAGGCCAAGAGCCUUCAGCUGCCUCUUACCUUCUUCUGUGGUACUAGUAGUGAUGCAGACACUGAGCCUGACAGGCCAGAGGACUUUGGAACAGAGCUACAAAAGGUCCAGCAAGCUCAGAGUGAAAUAAACAGGCAAGAGAAAACCAUUGAGAGCUGCUCCGACCAGGCUGCUACAGCUGAUAAUGGCAGUCCUAUUGACCUCUCUACAAAGACCCACGAAGCUGAAACAUCAACUGACUCAAAUACCACUCAAGGUCUUCCUGCUUUCACAUUUGAUUCUCCAAGUUCAUUUACAUUUGCAGAAUUGGCAAAGAAAUCUGGGGAAUUUGCCUUUAUAAAAAAAGACUCAGACUUCUCCUGGGAAAAUGCUGGGAGAGCAGUAUUUAGUACCACUGCAACAGCUUUGCGAAAUGAGGAUGAAGAUGAGGCGGGCAGCGAUGAAGAUGUUGCUAACAAUGACAUUCACUUUGAGCCCAUUGUUUCCUUACCUGAGGUUGAGGUGAAGUCUGGUGAAGAAGAUGAGGAGGUUCUUUUCAAGCAGAGGGCAAAACUGUUCAGAUGGGAUCGUCAUUUAAACCAGUGGAAAGAGCGUGGAGUUGGUGAUCUGAAGAUCCUCUUCCACCCACUGAAAAAGUUCUAUCGUGUCCUGAUGAGGCGUGACCAGAUCUUAAAGGUGUGUGCUAACCACGCCAUUACCAAGGAGAUGGAGCUGAAACCCAUGAACAACGCUACUAACGCACUUGUGUGGAUGGCUAACGACUAUGCAGAGGGUGACGUCAAGGUGGAGCAGCUUGCUGCCAAAUUCAAGACCCCUGAACUCGCGGAGUCCUUCAGGAAAACCUUUACAGAUUGUCAGAGGUGCAUGUCUCAGGUGGACUCGGCCCAAUCUUCUAAAGUCAUGGAACUUUCUAGGCAAAGUAAUCCAGAGGUAUUUCUCACUGUAGCUGCUGACGGUGAGCUGAUCGGCAAGAUCACAAUAGAGCUAUUUUUCAACAUCGUCCCUAAAACUGCAGAAAACUUCAGAGCGUUGUGCACUGGAGAGAAAGGGUUUGGCUACCGGAAUUCCAUCUUUCACAGGAUCAUCCCUGAUUUCAUGUGUCAGGGUGGUGAUAUAAGCAAACAGGAUGGCUCUGGUGGAAGGAGUAUCUACGGGGAGAAGUUUGAGGACGAGAACUUUGACGUGCGCCACACAGGACCAGGUAUAUUGUCCAUGGCCAGCCGUGGCAGAGACACAAACAACUCUCAGUUUUUAAUCACGUUAAAGAAAACUGAGCAUUUGGACUUCAAACACGUUGCUUUUGGCGUCGUCAAAGACGGCAUGGAUGUGGUGAAGCGAAUGGGAGAGCUGGGCUCUAAGAAAGGCGUACCAAGCAAAAAGAUAACAGUUGAAGACUGUGGACAACUGUAGUUCUUUUCUUCAUACAAGAAGUCCACUUGUGAGGGUUUUUAAUGUUCUGCUUGUUUUUGUUUGUUUAUUUUGUCUUGAGUUUCUCCUUAUUUGAAAUGUAACUGAGGGACAACCAAAGGUCUAAGCCUAAUUUAGUGGCAUGAUUUUGUUUGUUAUUUUCAAGGAAAUAUUAUGGCACUGAUGACCGAUGUAAGAAUGGGGGUCAGUCAGUGAUCUACAGAGAGUGAACAUUAUACUGAUGUGUUUCCUGAGGUGACAUCAUGACAAAUAGACAUUUGUUUAAAAAAGCUGUUAUGGAGGUGAAGCUAAAGAAUUAGACUAAUAAAAGCCUAACUUCCUGCUAUUUAUUUUAAAGCCAACUGCAGGUGGUUCAUUAGGCUGUGUGCUAAAAUCUGUGUUGCAGGUUUGAUUCAGUUACACAGCUGGAUUAAACAGCAACAAAUUUGGAUAAUCUUAAACAGUAAAUUUUGUGUCUUUUUACUCUAUAGAUUUUUGGGAAUUGGGCUUUUUACAGCAUUGUAAAUUCUACAUUUUCUGCUUUUUUUGGCACUAUUAAAGGUUGAACACUGA